GGACGUUGUUGGGGAGCCCGUGGACAACGAUGUUAUUGGACCUUUUGAGCUAGCGUCAAGCUUUUCGCUUGGAUUUUUGGCUCGACCCAGUUAAACUUGACGCAACAGCUGUAGCAUGACUGGGUCAGAUACCGACACUGUUAUCCGCAGUCUUAUGCUGUAGUUUUCUGUUGUUGUUGAUAUUGUUUUGAGAUCGUGAGCUGUUGAUCAUUUUCGGUUGCAUUACACCGCUCUACAUGGGACACGCCGUUGUCGUCGCUGAUGCUGGAGGACACCCAAAAAAGUUGCGAUGCGGCCGUUGGCAGGAAUUGGCUAAUGAUAGAUAACAUUUGAAGAAUGUAAGAAAAACAGUUAUUUCCCGCGUUAAUAUUUGAGAAUAUAAAUCCUGCAACAAUCGUGAUGCUGGUGAUGUAGAUACACACAGUUGCAUUGUUCGUCAGUGAGUGUCGCAGCAGCGCGUCGAUCUCGUGGUUUUCUAUACUUAGCUGCAGCAGCGUUGAAGAAAGAUGACGAUAUCGUACACCGCAGAAGUUGCCACCUGCAGAGGCUUUGGCUGUUUUUUAAAACUAUUGUUGAGGUGGAAGGCGAGCGUUUACAAAUUGAUAUGGACAGACAUGUUGCUCUUCCUCACGAUAUAUUAUUGCCUGUCGGGCCUGUACCGGUUGGGCCUUGAGGAGGAGCAGAAGCGGGUCUUUGAGCGGGUCGUCGAGUUCUGUCGCAAGCACACCUCCUCGAGCCCGCUCUCGUUUGUCCUCGGAUUUUACGUGACGAUCGUUAUGAAUAGGUGGUGGAGCCAAUACAUAACGAUCCCGUGGCCCGAUUCUAUAGCCGUCUUCGUCUCAGCCACGAUCCACGGCAAUGACGAGCGCGGACGGCUCAUGAGACGUACCAUCGUAAGGUACGUGUGCGUGUGCCUGACCCUCGUGCUGGCCAGCGUAUCGCCGCGCGUUAAAAAAAGAUUUCCAACAAUGGAUCACUACGUGGACGCGGGCCUGUUGCUCGAGAACGAGCUCGCGAUAUUCCAAAGCCUGAACAACAAGUUCCCAAAGCCGAGCAAACACUGGCUACCGAUCGUCUGGGCGUCGAGUAUAGUGACGCGAGCGCGCAAGGAGGGCCGGAUCAGGGACGACUUUGCCGUUAAGACCCUCAUAGACGAGCUCAACAAGUUUCGGGGCUCGUGCGGUGGCCUCGUCCACUACGACACCAUCAGCAUACCCCUCGUUUACACCCAGGUCGUCACCAUAGCCGUCUACACGUACUUUUUGACAAACGUCAUCGGCCAACAGUGGAUACACGAGGAACCUCAAACCGUCGACAUCUACUUUCCAGUUUUCACGACCCUCGAAAUGUUCUUCUACAUGGGCUGGCUCAAGGUCGCCGAAACCCUCAUCAACCCGUUUGGCGAGGACGACGACGACUUUGAGGUCAAUUGGAUCGUCGAUCGCAAUCUGCAAGUCAGCUACCUGAUUGUCGAUGAGAUGCACCACGAGCACCCCGAGCUGAUACGCGAUCAGUACUGGGACGAGGUCUUCCCUACGGAGUUGCCCUACACGGCGGCCGCCGAGCAGUUCAGGGAGGAGCACCCGGAGCCCUCGACGGCCGGCAUUCAACUUUCGGCCGCCCAGCAGGAGCUUCAGCCCUCGAGCGUCAGGAUCGACGAGCUGGAGAAGGAGUACCAGCGCAAGUACCAGGGCGACCUGGGCAACGAGGACGCCAUCUCGGGCAUACACUUUGUCGCCGGGGGCAAGAUAUCAAGGAGCGGGAGCCGCGUUAGCCACCGUGACCGUACCAUGAGCGCGGGCUCGACGCCGAGCAACAUCGGGGGCUCGCUCACGCGAAUCAACAGCGUAACCAACGUCCUCAAGCGAAUCUUCAACAAAGAGGACAGGCCCGACGGCACCCGGCUGCCCAACUCGACGUCAGCCGCGUCCCUCAGGGUGCCAGGUGGAGGUGGCUCGAUGAGGAUCGGCGUCAUCGAGGAGGUGGACGAGCAAAUGACGAUGACGUCCAUGCGCCCGCCGGACAAUCGUCCCCACGUACAGAGUAUAUUUCCCCAGGGGCCGCCACCGCCUAGCGAGCCCGUCGACGUCCCGGGCUCGGGCUCGAUGUCCCGCAACGGCAAUCUCCUUCUGUCGACGAGCGCACCCGUCAGCUACCCCGACUCCGCGGAAAGCGCCUCCACGGCCCGCUACCGGCCGACGAGGGGCCAAAUGUCGGCGCCGGGUGGCCACACUGGCGCGGUCUUUGACUCGGCCGCCUUCGUCAGGGACAGUACGCGCAGCUCCACCGCGAGCAGCGCAAGCGACAACAGUCUGGACGACGAGUUCACGAGGCUCAAGUCGGAGCGCGAAAAGCAGCGCAAAGAAAAGGUCUUGCAAAAACUCACAAGAAGCGUUAGUAAUCGUGCUAGUGGCGAGCAAUCAUCGAUGAACACUCGCGACACCGAGAUACUUUUGAGCGAUUUGCCGAGCAUGUCGAGGCUCAAUGUUGAGGCGCUCGAAAACGACGACAAACCGCUGAACGAGCGCAGGUAGAAAACCUGAACCCACCUUUGCUCUCGGCAAAGCCGCCUUAGUAUUAUUAUCAUCGUUAUCGUUAUCUUUAGUAUUAAGUAUUCGGUUACUGGGUCAAUGCUAACACGUUCUUCUUCUUCUUCUUCUUCUUCAUGUUUUUUUAUAUCGAGCAAAGAAAGAUAAAAUACCGAAACUUAUUUUUUCUACUUAAGCUACGAUGAACAACUAUAAGCGAAAGAAAAGUAUCUUGUUUAGGGAAAGUUUGUUAAAGUUCCGAUUAGUGUUAACUACGAGAAAUCACCUUUUUUAUGCGCACUAACAACUUGAAGAAAAACAAUUAUUUUUUAUUUAUUUAUUCGAUUCAGGGUAUGGAUUAUCAAGUUUUUUUACUCCCUCCCCGUGAUAAUUGUUUACUUUUGCACAACAACUGCCAAACUGUAAAUUGUUUGAGACAAGGCAACACCACGUUAUCGGAAGUAUACACACACACACACAUAUAUAUACAUAGGUACUUUGUAUACUGCUGAAGAGUGGAGCUGUGUUUUCCAAUAAUCUACCGGACGUAAAUAGCCGACGAUUUUAAUUCAAAGAGACGGUGCAUUACAACGAUCGAAAUCGCUUGGGUUUAGAUUAAUUGUUUAUUCAUAAAAUCGAUUGAAUAAAAAAUAAUCGAGAAAAUUCAACACAAAAUUUUUUCACUGUUAUCAUCAUCAUUUGAAAAUUGUACAAACCUUGUACAGAGAAAAACGAUCCGUAACUUUGUUUAAUGUAAUAAUAUUAAUCAAUAAAACGUUGCCUUCAACCAAAAUCGUCCGGCACUACCUAGAUAAGCAGCAACAUUGGCGCCCCCGAAAAUACAACAUUUCCACGUCUCAUGUACAACUUACAGUUGGCAAUAAUAGUUGUAGAGUAUAAGGUACACGCACACCCCCUAUUCCUAUAUGUAUACAAUCAUAUUUUUUUCCUAUGGAAGAGUACUCGCACAUUUUAAGAAGAAAUCAAACAAAGAUUUGUAAGUAUAUGUAUAGGUAUACAGUUUUACGAUGGUUGACGGAUUUAAAGUAAACAUUAACUGUUUUAUGGAUUUUAAAAUUUUUUUAAAUUUAUCAAAGGAAUACAGAUUAAUAUAAAUUGUACACAUUUGCCAUCUGGGCUUUUGAUACAACGAAAUACUAUUAAAAAUUUAUAGGUAUUGUAGGUUUUAAAUGACAGAAGGUCUAAUGAGCCAUAGAAAAUAGUUUU